CUCCAACUUUCGUCCAGCACGAGAAAUUAUGCUGCUUGACGAGGAAAUGCAUGUCCAUGGCGACAAAGAGCUAAGGAGGGCGGUAGAGUAUAAAGAGGAGGAUUGAUUCUGCUAGGGAAGGAGCAUUUUCAUACAUCCACAACUCUCCUCUCUCCCAGAAAAGAUACAUCUUUCAAACUUUUGCCAAAACACCCAUUUUAUUCGAGAACUACGUUCAUCUGCGUGUCCAAGAUUCACAAUGACCACAACCAAGCCCACCCUAGCCUUCUUCGGCGCGACAGGCGGCUGCGCAGCAGCAGCUCUAUCCGCAGCCCUACGAGACAACUACACAGCAACAGCCCUGGCGCGCACCCCCGACAAACUCCGCACACUACUCACCACCACCCACUCCAUCCCCUCCUCAACCCUCGCCACCCUCACAAUCCACACCGGCAACGUCCGCAACGUGUCCGACGUCAAAAAAGCCCUCAUCUCCCCAACUUCCCCCACCCACCUCGUCGACACCAUCAUCUCCGGCAUAGGAGGCGGCAACGCGCACUUCCAGGCCUCGCUGUGGAAGCCCGUCGGCAUCGACGACCCGCACAUCUGCGAGACGGGCGUCGCGACGAUGCUCGCUGCCCUCGCCAGCCUCGCCGACGAAGGGAUCAGCACGACCGCUAGCGGUGCGAAGCCGCUGCUGGUGGCGAUUAGCACGCCCGGAGGCUGUGAGUCGGGGCAGAGGGACUUGCUGGUUUUGCUUUGGCCGGUGUUUUACUGGUUGCUGGCGGAGCCGUAUAUGGAUAAGAAGGCGAUGGAGAGGCUGAUUUUUAGCGCUGCGGAGGAGGGGAGUGGGAUUAGUGAUUUUGUGGUUAUACGGCCGAGUCUUUUGAUGGACGGGCCGGCUAGGGGGCUAGAGAUGGUUAGAGCUGGGUGGGUGUGGGGAAUUCCGGGCGUUGAAGGGAGGGAGGAGGAGCAAGGUCCCACGCUCGGCUGUACUGUGGGAAGGGCGGAUGUUGGGGAGUGGAUUUUUCAGGAGGUGGUUAGGAAAGGGGGGUGGGCUGGGAAGUGUGUCACUUUGAAUUGGUGA